AUCAUCACUGGACUGAUAAACCAAAAGCCAACUGACUAUUUAAAGAGGGUCUCUUGCAAACGAUAAAGGAUGGACUUGUUGAAAUGGCUGUAGGAGUCUAAGUCCAGGUGAUCAUUUCUAAUCAAGCAUCAACAACAACUGAAAUCAUUCACAUAAUAUCUGUAGUUCAAUCAUGGACCAAAAUCAACAUUCGAAUAACACAGCAGAGGAAAAGCCUUCAAAGAAACGGAGAGGUAGACUCUGCCAUGGAUUCAAGAUGUUCUUGGUAGCUCUCGGACUGAGCUAUAUUUGCAAGGCUCUAGGUGCAAUCAUUAUGAAAAGUUCCAUCACUCAAAUAGAAAGGAGAUUUGAUAUAUCCUCUUCUCUUUCUGGACUCAUUGAUGGGAGCUUUGAAAUCGGGAAUUUGCUUGUGAUUGUGUUUGUAAGUUACUUUGGAUCAAAACUACACAGACCGAAGAUAAUUGGAAUUGGAUGUUUUGUUAUGGGAACUGGAAGUAUUUUAACGGCUUUACCACAUUUCUUCAUGGGAUAUUACAGGUAUUCUAAAGAAACCAAUAUUAAUCCAUCGGAGAAUUCAACUUCAAGCUUUUCAACUUGUUCAACUUAUCAAACUUUAUCACUCAAUGGAACGUCAUCUGAGAUGUUGGGGAAAGGUUGUGAAAAGGAUUCUGGGUCAUACAUGUGGAUCUACGUCCUAAUGGGGAACAUGCUUCGUGGAAUAGGUGAAACCCCUAUAGUACCACUAGGGAUUUCCUACAUUGAUGAUUUUGCUAAAGAAGGAAGCUCUUCUGUUUAUUUAGGUGCUUUGCAUGCAGUAGCAAUGAUUGGCCCUAUCAUUGGCUUUGCAAUCGGAUCUCUGUCUGCCAAAAUGUAUGUGGAUAUUGGAUUUGUGGAUUUGAAAAGUAUCAGAAUAACUCCUAAGGAUGCUCGAUGGGUUGGUGCUUGGUGGCUUGGUUUCCUUAUGGCUGGAACAAUAUCCAUUAUUGCUUCCAUACCGUUCUUUUUCCUGCCCAAAAAUCCAAAUAAACCACAGAAGGAAAGAAAAGCUUCAAAAACUUUGCAUGUGACCAAAACAAAUGAAGAUAAAAGCCAAACUGCUCAUUUGACCAAGCAUGGACAAAAUGUUACUGAAAAUAUGACAGGUUUUUUCCAGUCUAUGAAAAGCAUCCUUACCAAUCGCCUAUAUGUUAUCUUCUUGGCUUUAACAUUGCUACAGAUCAGCAGUUUUAUUGGUUCUUUUACUUAUAUCUUCAAAUAUAUAGAACAACAGUAUGGUCAGUCAACAUCUCAGGCUAACUUUUUGUUGGGACUCAUAACCGUACCUACUAUGGCAACUGGGAUGCUUUCAGGAGGAUAUAUCAUUAAAAAAUUCAAAUUUACACUUGUUGGAAUUGCCAAAUAUUCAUUCUUUACUUCUUUAAUCUCCUUCUUAUUUUUCCUGUUAUAUUUUGCUCUAGCCUGUGAGGGCAAAUCAGUUGCUGGUCUAACUUUGACCUAUGAUGGAAAAUAUCCAGUGGCAUCUCCUAUAGAUGUACCACCUUCUUAUUGCAACUCAGACUGCAACUGUGAUGGAAGCCAGUGGGAGCCCGUCUGUGGGAGCAAUGGAGUAACAUACACAUCACCCUGUCUAGCAGGCUGCAAAUCCUCAAGUGGCAAUACAAAGCCUACAGUGUUUCAUAACUGUAGCUGUGUGGAAGUAACUGGUCUCCAGAAUAGCAAUUACUCAGCCUCUUUGGGUGAAUGCCCGAGAGAGCGUAGUUGUACAAUAAAAUAUUACAUUUACAUAGCUGUGCAAGUCUUGAAUUCUUAUUGUACUGCCUUGGGAAGCACUGCAUUUAUCAUGCUGAUUGUUCGAAUUGUUCAGCCUGAAUUGAAAUCACUUGCAAUGGGUUUCCAUUCUCUAGUUAUACGGACACUAGGAGGAAUUCUGGCUCCAAUAUAUUUUGGGGCUCUGAUUGACAGAACAUGCUUAAAGUGGUCCAUCACCAGCUGUGGGGCUCGAGGGGCGUGUAGGUUAUAUAAUAAUGUGUUAUUUGGAAACACCUAUUUGGGCUUGGCUGCAACUUUAAAAGUCCUAGCACUUAUUUUAUAUGGUGUACUAAUUUCUGCCAUGAAGAAAAAAUAUGAAGGAAAAAAUACCAAGGAACCAGAAACUGAGAAAAAGGUGGUGGAUGAUCCAAACUUAGAACCCUUAAAUAACAACGGACACUUUGUAGGUUCUGCUGAGGCAGAUGGUGAGACACAUAUUUAAGGAAGAGAAAAAGACCACUUCCGUUGCUGUGCUUCCAGUCAACAUUGUAUUGAUUCAGUAAGAUGUCAUUUUUGAGCAGUCCCUGGUCCUUUCAGCUGAGAAUUCUCACACUCUUUACAGAAGAGACAACAAUGAAUAUGCCUAUGGACUUAUAAUGAAGCAAAUGAUAAAUAAAAAAUGGAAGAGGCCGGCACUGUGGUGUAGGGAGUUAAGCCACCGCUGGUGACACUGGCAUCCUAUUUGGGAAUGCUUGUUUGAAUCCCUGCUGCUCUGCUUCCAAUCCGGAUUCCUGAUAAUGCACCUGAGAAGCCAGGGGAAGAAGACCUGGGGACUUGGGCCUCUCUCUCCCAUAUGGGAGAACAGGAUGGAGUUCUCUGGGCUUUGGCCUGGUCCAGAUCUGGCUAUAGCAGCCACUUGGAGAAUGAACAACCAGAUGGAAGAUUUUCUCUCUCUCUCUCUCUCUCUCUUUUCCCCCCUUUCAAAUAAAUAAAUAUUUUAAAAAUUGA